UUCGUGAGGCUGGAGAGCCGGUGGGAAGCCUGUGAUUGGGGAAAUAAGCGCUUGUGCCGGAGCCGGCUGCCCCAGAGAUAAACUAGAUACAGCGGAGGGACGCAGGGACUGUGGAUUUUAACCUGCACAUGUCAAGAAGAGAUGGAUUUGUGGCGCGUCUGAACUUUGGAGAGAAUGCACUGCACAUGCAAAAGACCUAAACAGCUCCUAUUCAGCAUCGGGGAUUGUUGGAGAAACGAUCUCUGAAAUCUGCUGCUUAUCUUGGACACUGAUGUACAGCUGCUCCUGAGAGGCUGAAAACCCUGGAAGUACGAGCCAAAUCAUUGAGAUGUAAGGUGGAGACAUGUAUUACGCAUGAUUUAACAGGCAAAAGAUACAGCUCAGCAAGGUUAACCUCAAAGACAUCUGUUAUACCUGAUUACACCUGAGACGUGGGGGAAAAUGACUGGUUCGAGGCAGAAGUAAAGGAGUAUCCUGUGAUGUCAGACUUCACCUGGGGCAAUCGUCUGAGACUCUGCUGAGUAUCUGUGGCGUUGUUGGCGGGUGGGGGGCCGGCAGGAGCAGACUUCAUUUGCAGGUGUCUACACCACACCAGACUUGACUCACCUGACAUCAUCCCUUCUCUGUUUAGACUCAGCCCCUUAACUCAUUUUGUCGCCUCACCGUCUCAGUGGUCCCCGCUCUCAAACCCACCGCCACCUCUCGUUUUCUCCCCAUGGAACCACUCAAGAGACGAGAGAAGAGACGCUGAUUAAUGUGACUCCCAGCAGCUCGUGUCUGAUUCCACAGCACUAGAAAUAGAAAGAAACGGCGGCGGCACUUGUGAACUGUCUUCACGUGGAACAAGAGAAGCACCAUGUGGAAUCAGUCUGGAUACUGCAAUCACAUUCCUCACCCUGGAUAUCCCUUCUACCAUGCUCCCUGCAGUCAUAACCAGAGGACCACGGCGUUUCGCCAUCCUGUGACCGGACAGAUUUCUCCGGAGAACCUGGAUUUCAUCCUGCAAGAACAGCCGCAGGGCGCUCGCAUGAUGUCCAAACAAGCGGGUGAGCAGCUCUCCAGCACCACCGUCAGCGAGGCCUCCACUGCCAUCACCUCGUCCACUGUCGACACCACCUCUGCCUCCAAGGGCUCCCGGUCCAAGGUGCACAGCUUUGGGAAGAGAGAGCAGGCCAUUAAAAGAAAUCCCAAUGUCCCUGUGGUGGUCCGAGGAUGGCUGUACAAACAGGACAGUUCUGGGAUGCGUCUUUGGAAGAGGAAGUGGUUCGUCUUGGCUGAUUUCUGUCUGUUCUACUACAAAGACAGCAGAGAGGAAUCGGUCCUGGGCAGUAUUCCUCUGCCCAGCUAUGUCAUUUCACCCGUGGGACCUGAGGACCACAUCAGCCGCAAGUAUGCCUUUAAGGCUAGCCACACUGGUAUGCGCUCAUACAUUUACAAGCAGAGCUCUGUGAUUGGCUCGCAGGCGGAGCACACUGGGAUGCGGACGUAUUACUUCAGCGCUGACACCCAGGAGGAUAUGAACACCUGGCUGAGGGCCAUGAACCAGGCCACGCUGAUGCAGAACCACACCGACGCACUGAUCAGCAGCAGACCGACGGACAAGUUAGAGAAGCUCACCGUGUUGCAGCACGCUGUCCCACAGACGAACCACGUAAACCACCACAAGACCAAGACCUCAGACUCUGAGAACACAAGACCCAUCAUCCACGAGGUUCUCCUGGAGCCCAUUCACCGUGACGCAGACGAACGCUGCAGCUUCCACAAAGAAUCUCCCUCUGCCACCACGUUGGAGCACACCAUAGGAAGUACAGCCCUGGAAAUGGACACACACACGUCCCUCCCCUCCAACCCUGCGCCCUCUGCCCUCCCACAGUCAGACCACAUGUCGGCCUCAGCGCCCGUGUCCAGGGUCCCAUCCCGGGCGCCUUCACGAGCCGCCUCCACGCUGCCCUCCAGCAUUUGCACGAGGAACGGCCUCGUCUCCACGCCCAGCCCCAUCCUGGAGCCCAACGGGAUCGCAGCAGGGACGUACCAGAGGGCCCCUGCGCCGCCCCCUGCUGACACACACAAGCAGGUGCAGAGGAGAAGUGCUCUGGAGCAAGUGGAGCAGUGGGUCCAAGUGCAGAAGGCUGAGCACAAAGGCCCCCCAUCCAGAGAGAACACCCUCCCUCGUCGAACACCCCCAACCCAACACAAGUUCACCACCAUGGACGCAUACCAGACCCUGCCAAGGACUCCUCGCCAAAGCCCUCCACCUGCCCGACUUGGCGAGUACAAGUAUGCCCAGGACCGCCUCAGCCACUUCCGCCUAACCCCUGAGCAGGGUGGCCCAGGGUCCAGCACCGUCUGGCAGCUGUACGAGUGGCAGCAGCGUCACCAGUUCCGUCACGGCAGCCCCACAGCGCCACUCUACACUCCGGCCCCGGAGUACCCGUUUGGCCCCCGCCCUCCAUCCACUGUGCCUCCCUCCUCUUCAGCACCCAGGUCAGAAGGGCCGCCCCGCUGCGUGUCGGUACCACCGUCAUCUGCAGACAUCCCUCCACCGGGGCCUCCGCCCGGCACCAGCAGAACCAUGUCGCCCACACGGAGGCCGCACACGCCAGCCGAACGCGUGACAGUCAGGCCCAUGGGCGAUAGGUCAGUGGUGGACAUCCCCUUCGCCGUGUCCCCCCGCAGGACCAAAUCUCAGCUGCUCAAGGCUGCUACCAUCGAGAGACGGUCAAUGCCUCCAUCUGGUUACAUCACACACACAGUCAGUGCACCCAGCCUUCAUGGCAAAACGGCUGAUGACACCUACAUGCAGCUGAAGAAGGACCUGGAGUAUCUGGACCUGAAGGUAGCUGGAAGUCAGACGCUGAAGGAGUCAGGGAAACCUGUCAAGGUUGCAGAAAGUGACGUGGAUGUGAAGUUAAGUCGGUUGUGUGAGCAGGACAAGACCCUCAAAGAUCUGGAGGCGAGGAUCAGCUCCCUAAAGGAGGACAAGGACAAGCUGGAGAGUGUGCUGGAUCUGUCCCACCAGCAGAUGGAGCAGUACAAGGAGCAGCCGGCCCACACCCACAAGAUCGCCUAUCAGCAGAGGCUGCUGCAGGAAGAUCUGGUCACCAUCAGGGCCCAAAUAUCACGCCUCUCCACGGAGAUGGCGCUCGCCUGGGAGGAGUACAGCAGGCUGGAGAGAUCUGUGGAGCAGCUGAGGACAGCGCUGCAGGCACACAUGAACCACAGCGCCACCCCGCAGCAAGAGAAAAGUGAGAUGAAGCGCGAGCUGUGGAGGAUCGAGGACGUGAUGGCGGGACUGAGUGCCAGCAAAGCCAACUACAAGAUCACCAUCGACUCUGUACAGAAUCCAGAGAGGAAACUAGUGCCUUCGGUGUCAGACCCGGCAGUGCCUUCUCAGAGCACAGAGGUCCAGCCUCCUCCUCGCAGCUCCAUCCCCAGCAUCCCCUCUCACACUUUGCCUCAUAGCACCGUGCCAAAGUGGGCUGAGGACACCGCCCCGCCCAGGCCACCACUGCCUCGCCUCUACGACUACGAGGAGACGCCCCCUGUGGUGCCGCCGCUCCCCAAAGAGGCCUCGGUCAUACGCCACACGUCGGUGCGUGGGCUGAAACGCCAGUCAGAUGAGAGGAAGAGGGACAGGGAGAGCGGGCAGUACGUUGUCAAUGGAGACUGUAAGACUGACUUGCGGUCGUACCUGAGUGAACCAGAGCUGCCAGGAAUAAACCACCUCAGCGCCGGGUCUGACGUCGACUAUUUCCAGAGCAAAGGUCUGUUAGGCUCCUCAUCUCGGCAGAACCAGUCCACCUCCAUCUCGUCCUACGUCACCCUGAGGAGAGGCCCCGGGAGCUCCGCAGCCAGGGAGAGACCCAAGAGUGCCUUGGAGCGUCUGUCAUCACCUACAGAAGCCCUGCAGCUCCCGAGCAGUCAGACUCGAGGGCGGAUGACGGCGGAGGAGCAGCUGGAGCGGAUGAAGCGCCACCAGAAGGCGCUAGUUCGCGAGCGCAAGAGGAACCUCAGCCAGGGCGAACGCUCCUGCGCGGGCCUCUCCACCUCCACCACCUCCCAGCGCUCCUCCUCCUCCUCCAGGCUGCCCUCCAACACCUCCGACCCUCCGGCCUCCGUGUUUGAUUGGCAGGAGGAGCGACCUGGAGCCGAAGGUCAGAGCGACGAGGGGAGGAAUCAGGUGAAAGAGAGAGGGAGGAUCCAAUCAGAUGAGUGGGUGACGGUGACGGCCACGCGCAUACGAGAGGUGGAUGUGGAGCCUCUCGACUAUGACCUGGAUAUCAGCCGAGAGCUGUCCAAACCACAGAAAGUUCCCAUCCCAGAGCGCUACAUCGAGUCUGACUCUGACGAGCCUCUGAGUCCAGAGGAGCUGGAGGAGCGCUUCCACCGGGCCGAGCGCAUCAAGAACCUGCUGGCCAGAUCCAGCGUUCAGAACAUUCAGCCGUCCGCACCGCUGGACUUCAGCGAGCUGGACUCAGCUCUGCAGCAGCAGCAGAGGAUCAUGAACGUGUCCCACGCUCUGGCCUCCGAGGCCUCACGCAAGAGCAAGCUGGUGGCAGGGACGGAGUGGCUGCAGAGCCGCCAAAGCUGCUGCAGAGCACUGACCCACAGGGACGACCAGCACAUCAGCACAGAGGAGGAUUCUUCGCUGAGUGGGAGGAUCUAAUCAUUUCUCAGCAGUUGCCAACUAAUUAAUUCACUUAUAACAAGUCUCUUUUUUAUGAGUGAGAACAUGUUUCUCACAGAGUUUUGAUUCGUAGUUUUGAAAUAGAAGUUUUCUUGCUUCGGCGCUCACAUUGCACAAUUAAGUACCAAUAAUUUAUAACACGAGUGAAUUGCUGUUUUUAAAAAUCUGCAAUUACCUGCUUUGCAGUUUGGUCUGUAUUUUACGAGUGAAUAAAAGAAGAGUGGAAUAAAAGCCGACAUGCUUCGAUUAGAGCGGGAAAGUUUUGGCAUGAAUCAUUUAUUUAUUAAAUGUUUUGGCUUGUUCGACCUCUUCUACCUUCAGCACUGUCAGCCAAUGAUCAAGGUCCUGUCAAUCAACUCAAAUGCAUUAGAACAUCAUAUGAAUAAUAAUUAAAACAUGAAAAAAGGCACUUCAUUACAGAUAAUAAGUAUUAAACAAGUUAAUUAUUUGGUGUCUGUUUCCGUCAUAUGUUUUGGUCUGUUUUGUCACAGUGACACACUCAUACAAACAUUUCUGUCACAGCCUUUUUUGAAUGUUGAAACUGAUGUGUUGUCUUUUUAUGUUGCUCUGUAUCACCUUCCUGUACAGAUAAAAGACGGGGGAACGUGUUCCAACUGCUAGAACAAUAAGCAAAACAAUAAACAGCGUUUGACAAAAGAUUCCCGACACGAGGUCCGCUCACUUGUUUUUCUCCAAAAACUUAAAUCCAGUGCUUCUCAAUUAUUUUCUGUACCUCCUGCUCUGAUCUGUGUGUGCGCAUGUCCGUGAAAAACAAAAACCAACCGUACACAAUAGAGCUAAUACUCCUUGCGCACACUCUGACAAUGAGCGCGCCACUGCCACCUACUAUAGUGGAUGUGCAAUUACACUGUAUUCUUGUACAAAAAAGCAUGUUACCCGAGGUCACACGCGCCCCCCCUGGCAUCGCACCGGGGGGCGCGCCCCACUUUUUGAGAAGCACUGCUUUAAUCUAAUCUCGGCCUCACAGUUUGC